AUGCCUCCGGAUCCGCCCACAAGACGCGGUGGACGGGCGACGUCAUCAUCUGACGGUCGUGAUCGAGGUGGGGCCAGGCCUCGUCCCAGGACGUCCGGUGUCAAGCGAGCAGAGUCUGCUGCUUGGGCCGAGUCGGCUGCCGCUACCGCCCGGACUCACAGCGGACCGGGCGGAGGAGAUCACGGCAAGGGCACUGCAGGAGUGCCGAAGGAGAAGGAAUCGCAGCUGCCUGUCAGCCCCAUCGACAACCAAGAGAUAGGACCAGGACAGGGUGAGCGGCCCAAGGCGGAGGGCGACGAAAGGGUAGAGGAGGCGAUGCCUCAGCCUGCACCACCGGCGAGGUCGACACCAAGCGCCGACCGCCUGCAAGCAAAAGGAUUUGAAGAGCCAGCCCGUGAUCUGGUUCCGACAGUUCACCGGCCGCCAUCGCCGACUCCAGCUGACAAAGCGGGGGUACACGCCACAGAGGAAUCCGUGUGCGGACACAGAGUAUCGGCGCAGAGCGAACAAACAGACGAAAGGCCUCAUGACACGGCCCGAGGAGAACAGAAACCCCGGCAGCCCGCUGCGCCCAGCACUGCAGAGGACUCAACGAAGCCGUCAGCGGAUCGUAGGCCUCCUGAGGACGCUCCGCGGGAAGCAGGCAAACAACUUGAUGUCGGUUUGCUCGACUCGACCAAGCGAGACCCCAGUUGUGGCACCGCGUCUGUGGACACGAGUAGUCAUGCAGGCACGAAACCUGCAAGCUUGAAGGACGCGCAUUCCGGACCCUUUGCUGCCAGCGCAGGAACACAACAGCGUCUACAGGGAGGGGAGCAGAAAAAGAAACGCAGCGAACAAGUUUGUCAGCGACGGAACCGGAACGCAGGCCAAGAGGAGAAGCAAGAGCCGAGUGUCCCCCAGAGCACCGAAACACGUGGGGAAAGUGAAACGGGUGGUGCAACUACUUGUGAGGCGCGAUCCCGGCCGCGAGCAUCUCCAGGCGCCACGGGAAGUCAGCCCCUAGAGCAGAAACCUUCCACGGAGGAGACUCUCGGUCAAAGUGAGACAGAGGAACACAGUGCUGCUUCACGCGCAAGUGAGGCCGCCCCUCCGCCAGCUGCGGCGCCUGCUGAGGCGUACGGAGGUGCACGGCCAAAAGUGCCGAGUAGGAAGCGAAAGAAGAGACGAGUGAAGCACAAGGGCGUAGGAACGACGUCUUCUUUCCAUGGCAAAGGUGCGCACUCUUCACAGGCCGGCACCUUUUCGUCGUCAGACGAUGAAGGGUCUUGGCAGGGAGGUGAGACCGAACCAGGGAAGCCGGCGGACCCAAACCGACAGUCGUUGGUUCCCCAGAUGGAGCGGUUGCUUGCGAUUACACACGAAACGUUACGGCGAAUUGACAUUAUUAAACCGACACUUCAGGCGCUGCAUGGCGUAGAUCUGACCGAUGCAGACAGCAAGGAGAUUACGGCGCUCGAGCAGGCAGCCUCAGACGAGAGUUGGUCGGAGCUAGCCGUCGAAUCCGCGCACGAGAACAUGGCAUACCAGCGCGAAUGUCUGAAGAAGACGAGAUCGAUCCGCAGACUGCUGGAGAACACUGUACAAGAAAUACGUAUGGCGACCAGUCUGAUUCGAGAUCGCGUGGCUGCUGGCGAGGCUUCACUGACCGAGGAAGAGAAGCAGCGGUUAGAAUACCUAAGAAAAGGGGAGGCGGAGCUCCAGAACACGGCGCUAUGGCUUAUGGGCAUGGAAAAGUUCAGGAAACAGCGGCUCCUCCGCGUGUCGGCAGUCGCUGCUCAACACACUUUUGCCCCAUACCGCGCGGCUGCCCGCCGAACCCUUACCGCUGCCAUUGAGAAAGCAUUAAGCCAAAUAAGCAGCGAGGAGGAGGCCCAUGUAGCGUCGCAGCAGACCAGCGAUCAGGGUGAGCCGUCAGACAACAGCCCAGCUGAUGUACCGUCGGACUGCCAGAGUUGUGCGGAUCCCUCCACCAGGGGAACUGGCCAGGCGGAAGCGAGCUCACGAGCAGUGGGUGAGGCAGCUGAAGACGGUGGAGCAACAGGAGGCGACGCAGACUGGCCCCUUGUGCGUUCAGCGAUGCAGCUACUGGAAGUUGUAGACGCCGUGCGGGGAAGCCUCGCAGAGCAAAGAGCCGUAGCAGGUGGAAUACUGGAGAGCUUGAUCGACGAUUCUAGUCGUCGGGCAACGGAACUUCGUCUGACACUCAUUUCCCGUAUGGGGGCGGCAGCACUGGAAGCGGAGACUAUGCUAUCGACAGCAAUGGCCAAUUGCAGCGUACUUGCGAAGCAAGACUUGACUCCCGCUGAAGAACAGCUAGAGGACCUGGUUUUGAAUUUCAUCUUCCUGUGCCGACAUCGAGCUCGAUUGUGUACGGAAAUCAUCAACAACGAAAGAUGGGAUCUUGUUGGGCAAGCUGUAGUGGACGACGACAGAUUGCCAUCGCCUUCGCAGGAGAGCGACAGUGCACAGGGUGAACCGAUUCUCGGGAGUCCAGCGAAGGGGCCAGCUCUUGUGCCAUAA